AUGGCAGGGACGACGGGGGACGGGCCGGGAACGGCGGGGGAUCGGCCGGGGGCCACCCCGGCCCAGAGCCUGAGCGCGCUGCGGGGCUACCGCGUCUACGCGCGCCGCUGGGUCUUCCUGCUGGUGCUCAGCCUGCUCAGCUGCUCCAAUGCCACGCUGUGGCUCAGCUUCGCGCCUGUAGCCGACACUGUCGCCAAGCGCUUCUCCCUGUCCAUCAAGCAGAUCAACUGGCUUACGCUGGUCUACUUGGUGGUAUCCAUCCCGUUCGGUGUGGCGGCCAUCUGGGUUCUGGAUUCGGUUGGGCUCCGUGUCGCGACCGUCCUGGGUGCGUGGCUGAACUUCCUUGGGAGCGUGUUCCGCGCUUUGCCCUGCAUGGAUCUUUCAUUCCGGACUCCGUUUGCCUUCCUUAUGGCUGGGCAGAGUCUCUGUGCCCUGGCCCAGACCUUGGUUGUCUUCUCUCCGGCUAAGCUGGCUGCCGUGUGGUUCCCUGAGCACCAGCGAGCCACAGCCAACAUGAUCGCCACCAUGUCAAACCCCCUGGGCAUUCUGCUGGCCAAUGUGCUGUCGCCUGCUCUGGUCCAGGAGGAGGAUGACAUCCCCUUGAUGCUUGGUGUCUAUGUGAUCCCUGCUGGCGUCGCCUGCCUGCUGGCCACUGCGUGCCUCUGGGAGAACGUGCCGCCCACCCCUCCCUCGGCUGCAGCUGCCAGCUCCACCUCGGUGAAGUUCCUUGAUGGGCUGAAGCUGCUGAUGCGGAACAAGGCUUACAUCAUCUUGGCGCUGUGCUUUGGGGCCAGCAUCGGGAUCUUCUCCAGCUUCACCGCCCUCCUGGAGCAGAUUCUCUGUGUGAAGGGCUACUACAAUGAUUUUGCAGGCCUCUGUGGGGCCCUCUUUAUCAUGUGUGGGUUCCUGGGGGCACUGGGUCUUGGCCUGUACGUGGACCGGACCAAGAACUUCACCGAGGCCACCAAGAUCGGCUUCUGCCUGACCUCCCUGGCCUGUGUGGCCUUCGCUGUGGUGUCCCAGCUGCCAGGACAGACCAUCUGGCUGGCGGUCGUCUGCUCCCUGUUCGGGCUCUUCGGCCUGUCCAUUGCGCCCAUCACCAUGGAGCUGGCGGUAGAGUGCUCCUUCCCCGUGGGUGAGGGCAUCGCCACGGGCCUGGUCUUCGUGCUGGGGCAGAUCGAGGGCAUGCUCAUUAUGGUGGUGCUGACCGCACUGACUGUGCACCGUGCAGAGCCGUCCUUCUCCACCUGCCAGCAUGGGGAGGCCCCACUGGACUGGACGGCGUCCGUGUUGCUGAUGGCCAGCCUGUGUGCCGUGUGCAGCUGUGUCUUCGUGAUCUUCUUCCACACCCCGUACCGGCGCGUGCAGCUCGAGGCCAGCGCCUCCCCCUCCAUCCAGGAGGACUAUGUCCAGGGGGACACCAACCCUGAGCCCGCCUCGGCAACCACACCCUGAGCCCCCAGCACCACAUCAGCAGCCGGCUCUGCUGGCAAGUGUUGGGAGUGUGUUUCCAGACCCUGCUCUGGCCCCGCUGCCCCUGGGGAGCCCUGACCCCGAAGGGCCCCAGGACCCCGAGACGUCGAGAUCACGUCCACAGGUGAAGGGAGUAGGGCCAGGUGUUGACAACCUCUGAGGACAAGAAGUGGGCUGGGACCUUUCUUGAACGGAAGGCUUGCUGGAGGCCUGGCCUGGAGAGGCCAGCUCUCAUGAGCUGUGCUGGGGAGAUGCCCUGAGUCACACCAAGAGCCUGGGACGGGGUGCCGGCACCCCGCACAGGCACGGGGACUUGGCACACCCAGCGUGCACCCCAUGGCCUCAGCCCAAGGCAGAUGCUGUGGCCGCGGCAAGAGGAGCUACUUCAGUGUGGACGCAGGUGCACUCCAGGGCGACAGGACCACAGGACACCUUGGUGUCCAGACACAGGACGGCCAGUCCUGGGGAGGGUUAAU